AUGCUGGAGAUCCUGGUGCUGAAGGUUGAAGAUCCAGGUUGUUUCUGGGUUAUUAUCAAAGGAUCUGGGAACUUUUCAGAUAAUGAAGUCGACUAUCAGAAAUUAAAUAGCGCCAUGAAUGAUUUCUAUGACCACAUGUGUCAGGAUAUAGAAAUAAAACCAUUGAUCUUGGAAGAAGGACAGGUUUGCGUGGUCUACUGUCAGGAGCUGAAGUGCUGGUGCAGGGCCAUUAUUAAGUCAAUAAUUUCUUCAACAGACCAUUAUCUGGCAGAGUGCUUCCUUGUGGAUUUUGCCAAGUUUAUACCAGUAAAAUCUAAAAAUAUCAGAGUUGCAGUAGAAUCUUUCAUGAAGCUUCCAUAUAGAGCCAAAAAGUUCAGACUUUACUGCACAAAACCUGUUACAUUGCACAUUGACCUCUGUGAAGACAGUGCACAAAUUGUCCCUGCCAAGAAGUGGGACAGUGCAGCUAUUCAGUACUUCCAGAGUGUUCUAAGAGCAGCUACUCAGGUUGAGGCCAAAUUAUGUGCUGUGGAAGAAGAUGCUUUCGAGGUUUACCUCUAUGCAACAAUAAAAAAUGAAAAGGUUUGUGUGAAUGAUGACUUGGUGGCAAAGAACUUUGCUUAUUACGUGUCACCUAUGCAGAAUAAAAAGCGUGAUUCUUUGGAGAAACCAGCACUCAGUAUAAAGUCCACAUCCCUUUCCAAUCCAGCGUUUACUCUGUGGCCAAUGCUUUGGCAAGGAAAAGACUUUCAGGCAAUGAAGAAUUCACAUGGUCUCAAUUUUCUGGCACAAUCUCUCCCACAUUCAUGGUGCAAGGAUGUUGCUGGUGAGCGAGGGCCAACUGCUGUGAUGCUGGAUAAAGCUAUGAAAUGUGACAGGGAUCCGUUGAGAGACUCACCUAAGAGGACUUGUGAAGCAAAGCAGCACUGCAUCUCUCUGAGAGAAGUAACCAGGGGUGUUGAAUCGUCAGCGGACUGGCCUACAAAGAGAGGCAUCACCAUAUAUGCCGAUCCAGAUAUACCAGCAGCAAGUGCUUUAAGUCAGAAGCCAAAUGAGAAGCCACAGAGACUGGCAGAAAAAAAAGACUAUGAUGAGAAAAAUGUCUGUGUGAAGUUACUGCAGUUUUUAAAUCCUGAUCCUUUGAGAAUCAAUGGAAUCUCUGAUCUACAGCAGUUGCAGAGGUUGACAUUGGGCACACAGCAUCCUGUUAUGGUAUUCCGAAACAAGAUUGAGCCCUGCCUGACGAUUGACAAGUCACCCCUGUCUGCAGACCUGAAAAAGGCUCUUCAAAGAAAGAAGUUUUCAGGACCUAGCCCCACCGAGUCUUACUCUUGGCCUCCCAUCGCACGUGGCUGUGAUGUAGUGGUCCUUUCUCACUCUGGAAACGAUCCUCUGUUGUACCUUCCACCAUUGCUAACAAUUUUGCAAAUUGGGGGCUGCUACAAAUCUUUACCAAGUAGAAACGGGCCUCUGGCCGUCAUCGUGUGCCCCAGGUGGAGGAAGGCUCAGUUCAUUUUUGAAUUGUUGGGAGACUACAACAUGUCCUCCAGGCCCCUUCAUCCUGUCUUACUGACAAUCGGCCUUCACAAAGAUGAAGCCAAGAACAUGAAGCUGCCUCGCGGGUGCGACGUAAUUAUUACCACACCGCACAGCCUCCUGAGACUGCUCACGUACCAGAGCCUGCUGUUUCUCAGACUCUGUCACCUGGUUUUGGAUGAGGUGGAAGUGUUAUUCUCUGAGGCCAAUGAGCAAACAUUUGCUAUAUUAGAUAACUUCAGAAAAAACAUUGAGGUAGAAGAACGGGAGUCUGUACCCCACCAGGUCAUUGCAGUCGGCGUUCACUGGAGCCGACACAUAGAACACCUGGUCCAGGAGUUCCUGAAUGACCCAUACAUUGUGAUCACAGCCCCCGAGGAGGCUGCGCUCUCUGGCAGCGUCCAGCAGGUAGUCCAUCUUUGCCUGGAAUGUGAGAAAACCUCAACUUUACUCCAAGUUCUUGAUUUUAUGCCAAGUCAGGCCCAGAAGACCUUGAUCUUUACCUGCUCUGUAGCUGAAACAGAAAUAGUGUGUAAGGUAGUAGAAAGCAACUCAAUAUUUUGCUUGAAAAUGCACAAAGAGCUUGUUUUUAACUUAAAAAGUGUCUUAGAACAGUGGAAGAAGAAGUUGAGUUCUGGUUCUCACAUUGUAUUAGCCUCUACUGACGACUGCAUCCCACUGCUGGCCAUCACCGACGCCACGUGCGUGGUGCACUUCAGCUUCCCCGCCUCACCCAAGGUUUUUGGUGGACGUCUUUAUUGCAUGUCUGAUCAUUUUCAAAGUUUUACUCAACAGGGUUCACCGGUAGAGUGUGGAGAUAAAAAAACCAAGUCUGUCUUGCUGCUGACGGAGAGGAAUGCUAGCCACGCAGUGGGUGUCCUGCGCUACUUGGAGCGAGCAGAUGCCAAAAUACCAUCGGAAUUAUACGAGUUCUGUGCAGGGGUCUUGGAAGCCAAAGAGGACAAGAAAGCCAGAAGGCCGCUCUGUAAACACCUGAAGGCUUUCGGCUUCUGCAAAGACAAAAGGGUAUGUCCUGAUCGACACUAUGUCAGUACAGAGCUGGACAUGCCAAGGAAGUUGUCUGACCAGGCUCUGCCAGUAUAUGGGUACAUCCAGAUAAUACCUUCUUACAUUUCAAAUGCAACAAAUUACUUUGGUCGUAUCAUUGAUAAACAUGAGGAUCUUUAUGUCACUCUGAAGGCAGAAAUGAAUGAGUAUUUUAAGGAUUCUAGUAAUAAAGUAGCUGUUGAGAAGGUGGAGAACUUGGGAUUGUAUGGCUUGGAAGAGAAGACAUUUUUUCACAGAGUUCAGGUGCUGGAGAUGAGCCAGAAAGAAGAUGCAGGGGGCCUGGGGAGCAUCCUUGUGACCUUCCUGGAUGAAGGCAGGACGGGGCUGGUGACAAAGGACCAGCUCUUGAGCCUCCCAGAAAGCUUCCGCACGCUGCCCCCACAGGCUGUGGAGUUCAUUGUGUGCCGAGUGAAACCUGCCGACGGUGAGAUGGAAUGGAAUCCUAAGGUUACUAGGUACAUUCAUCAUAAAAUCGUUGGAAAAUUGCAUGAUGCAAAAGUAGUAUUGGCUCUGGGGAAUACUGUUUGGAUUGACCCAAUGGUGCAUGUUACAAAACUUCCAAACCUGAAAACUUCCAUCAUUGAUUAUAAUGUUCGUGCAGAGAUUCUGUCCACGGGGAUGGGCAUUGAUAAUUCAGAACACGUGCAAAAACUGAAAUUGCUCUGCAAGGGAACGGACAUGCCAGCUUGUGAUGGUGGCCUCGGCCAGACCACGGUGACUUCCCCAGAGAAAGAGGCUGCUGCUGCAUCUGGGGCUCCGCAGGAGGAGGCGCAAGCGCCAGGGAAGUCCAGCUCCAGCUCCAGCUCCAUGACUGACUCCGCUCACCACAGUCCAGAAUCUGAAUCUGCACCCACCAGAGAUGCUUCUGCUAGUGCAACUGCACCUCCACAUCAGAAAAGCUUGCAUCCACAAAUAAAGUGGUUCCAAAAAGAGGAUGUCGUCAUCUUAAAGAUACAAAUACGGGAGGUCCGUGAUUACAGAUGUAAAUACUUUCAAGACCGAGUCAUUUUCAGCGCCUCCGUGGGAGACAAGGCGUACCUGGCUGAUCUGGAGCUGCAGGCCAACAUAGUAAAGGACGACUGCAAGUGCAUCAUUGAGAACCAUGAGCCCGUUAUCACACUGACCAAGGAGAAGAAGGAGCCAUGGCGUGGCCUCCUCAAACACAAGAACCCUAACGUGACCUUUGACUUCGACCACUGGGAGGACUGUGAAGAGGACAGCCCCAUCGCCAAGGUUGCACAUUCUAGAAGCCUGUGGGGCAAAGUGGCCGAGGUGGUGAAGAACAGCAGCAGCUCUUCAGAGGAUGCGGGAAGCGAGAGUGAAUGAGCUGCGCUGGGAGGCUGAGGAAGCAACUAGUCACGUCUGAACCUCAUUACUGAAGCUUCUUGGGGCACUGGGAUAGUCAAUUUAAUUGACUUAAAAAUAGGCAAACAUUAAAGAUGGCCAAAGGAAGGGAGAAGCAAGGUCUGGGAGACCCCAAUAAUCCCAGCACUCAGAGGACCGAGGGCAGCCUAGGCGCCACAGGAAAACCCUGCUUUUGUCUGACAGAUGCACGUCUAGCACAUGCUUGCCAGUCCUUUUUUGCUGUGACUGCGUUCACGUACUAUUGCCUGUGAAGGUGCUGCUUAGAGUGAGUGGCCUUUUCCCAAGGACAGCUGCGAGUGGCCUCGGCAUGCCCAGGGCUUUUUAGCAGCAGAGCCGCUGUUUCGGGUAACUGCUCCUGAAAUCUUGGGCAAACGGGGACAAAGAUUUAAGGGAUUUGUGGCCAGGUACAGGGGCUCACAUGUGAGGUGCGAAGCCAGCACAAGCAGACAAAUCUGUGAUACUCUUAUCUCCAAUUAACCAGCAAAGUGCUGGAAAGUGUAGGAGCAUCAGUCCUGAGUUGAAACACCAGUACUGGCACAAAAAAGGACCCCAUUAAUCACCAGGAACAGCAGAGUGAGAGCACCUGGAAGCCAUUGGCGAUUCCUCCUUGGGAGAGGUGAGGAGCUGGAAAGGUCAGGUAAGCUGUUGGAGGUUGAAGCCCCAUGUGCUUCUCCAUUCCACUUUGCCAUGUCUCCUGUGUAGCCUGCAGGUAAACUUUUACCUAUUCUGGCUAUGAGCUGUGCGGUCUUGAGAUCCCAGCCUCCCGAGUAGCUGCAGUGACAUGUGCACCCCACUGCACCCCGCCAGACGUUCUGAUUUAGAUUUAAUUUUUCCCUGCACCCUUGGUCUCUCUGAGCCUGACCUUCUCCAGGUCCAAAUAGAGAAAUGGAUGAAUACUGUGUAUGGCACUACAAUUGGUAACGCUUCUGUUUUCUGUACUGCUAAGACUUCUCCAAAUGUGUCUAAAACACUACUUCCACUCUCGGUUGUGACAUGACUGCCUUUUGCAGUUUGAGUAUUGUUUGAAAUAAAAGUUGAGCACUCUUUUCCCCAAGUAUGUACAAAGUAGGAUUUUAUUCCCCACACUGCCUUGUGCUGCAGGCAUACUGGGUUUGGUGGUUGGUUGGGCCGUGCGGCCUGGUGACUCGGCCUCGCCAUGAUUUGGGACUAA